AGGUCCCGGCCAGUGGCGCGGCGCGCUGUUUCCAGGCAUUGUGACAUCACCGCGCCGUGUGCCGCCCCCCGCGAUAAAAGCGGCGUCCCCGCGGCGGGGAGGGCGCAGUGAGCGGUUGUUCGGCUGCGGAGCGGCUCACGGCGGCACCGGCUCGCGGCAGCAGCGCAGGAUUCAGCGCGCAGCGCGAUCGGCACCAGCGCGUCCCCCGUCCCUAAGCGGUGAGUGAAGAGACAUGGCCCGUACAAAGCAGACCGCCCGCAAGUCCACCGGGGGCAAGGCCCCGCGCAAGCAGCUCGCCACCAAGGCGGCCCGCAAGAGCGCUCCCUCUACCGGUGGCGUCAAGAAGCCCCAUCGCUACAGGCCGGGCACUGUCGCCCUCCGCGAGAUCCGCCGUUACCAGAAGUCUACGGAGCUCCUGAUCCGCAAGCUGCCCUUCCAGCGGCUGGUCAGGGAAAUCGCCCAAGACUUCAAAACAGACUUGAGGUUCCAGAGUGCGGCCAUUGGGGCCCUGCAGGAGGCCAGUGAAGCGUAUCUGGUGGGUCUGUUUGAAGACACAAACCUGUGCGCCAUCCAUGCCAAGAGAGUCACCAUCAUGCCCAAAGAUAUCCAGUUGGCUCGCAGGAUACGGGGGGAGAGGGCUUAAGUGAAGGCUGUUUUUAUGGUGUUUUGUAGUAAAUUCUGUAAAAUACUUUGGUUUUAAUUUGUGACUUUUUUUGUAAGAAAUUGUUUAUAAUAUGUUGCAUUUGUACUUAAGUCAUUCCAUCUUUCACUCAGGAUGAAUGCUAAAAGUGACUGUUCACAUAAACCUCAGUGAUGUUGAGCCUUGUUGCUCAGGAGUGACAAGUUGCUAAUAUGCAGAAGGGAUGGGUGAUCUUUCUUGCUUCUCAUGCAUGUUUCUGUAUGUUAAUGACUUGUUGGGUAGCUAAACUUGUAAGGUACUAGAAUUGAUAUAAAUGUGUACAGGGUCCUUUUGCAAUAAAACUGGUUAUGACUUGA